CUUUAAUAGAGCCUAAUUGCAAAAUGGUUAGAUUCCAAAGUACCCAUGUAGCACUGGCCCUCUAAACUGACGAAUUUUUACUUUAUUCUGAAGUUGUGUUAUACUUUAAAUGAUAUUAUUUGCCAACGUUAGCUAGCACAACAGGUCUACUAGCCGACAUGGAACGCUACUGUUGCCAUGGUUAUCCACGUACAAUGAAGACUUUUAACGCAGGCACACGCUAAGACUGGACAGAUGUAACACAGAGUUGCAGCUACACUUAACAGGCUCAAACCCUGAACUAACAGCGAAGAUACAAUGCACAGCUCAGGAGAAAACUAACAAAUGGAAGCUUUAUUAAAGAUGGAGGAGACUCUACAAAAUGUAGUGGCCAUGGUGAAGCAGCACCCUGCUGGGAUUCCUCUGAAGAAACUGGCCAUCAUCUACAGCCAGACGUAUCACAGUAACCUGUCUUAUCAUGCCUUACACUUUGACUCCAUGGCCAGCCUGGUAGCCAGUCUAACGGAUCUGAUUCUGGAGGGUGACCUGGUGUUUCAAAAGGACCAUCAAACUCAAAGAAAUCUUGUUGCUUUGGUGGAAGAGCACCCAGAAGGGAUUCCGCUGAAGAAGAUAGCUGUAGUCUACAGCCAGAAAUAUCACCGGAAUUUGAUCAUAGCCUCUUUGGGUUUCAAAACCAUGUCCAGCCUAUUAGAGUCUUUGAAAGAAUAUCUAGUUGUGAGGGGACAGAUGGUGUUCCACAAGAGUAAACUGCCUCAGCAUCAGUCUUUAGCUGGAGCUUCAAUGAAAGCUAAUGAAAACAGCAGGCCUGCAGCGCCACAGACGCCUGAAUCCCUAAUAAGGAAUGGUAGUCCUGCACCUGAUGUUGCUGAUCCACAGCGGGAUACCCCCAGUCCUCACAGGGCACUGUUCACUCAGGUGGGAAAGAACCUUCUUGGCUCCACUUUGGUUUCAUUUGGCUCUUCAGCCUCAGCUCAGUGUAUUCCUGGCUAUCCACAAAUUACUGCAUCCAAGCCAGCUCAGCAACUGACCCAAGAGCAGCUGUACCAGAGGAUUUUGGAGGUGAUGAAGACACACAAGCUGGCCUCUCCAUCAAUGAGUCAGCUCCAAACCGGCUAUUCACAGCUGUUUGGUGAGCAGCUUCCACUGGUGCAGUACAUGUCUCUGUAUGACAGCUGGGAGACUCAGAAGCCGCAACCUCAACCUGAACCGGUGGCGGCAACAACCAAGAGUAAUCCAUGGCAAACUUCUGCAGCAACACCAAAUCUUUCAAGAGAGCCUGAAAAAGAGCAGCAAGCAGCUGCUGGACCCAGCUUCCUCUCUGGAUAUGAUUUUCCAGCGCUGGGGUCUGACAGGAGCUCGACCAAAGAGCAGAAGAGCAAACUGAGAGACGCCUUUCCAAGAGAAGCCACUGCCCCGGUCUUUAGAGACGCUUAUCACGCCCAGCUGCGGGAGGUCCAUGGAGGUAAUAUGCGGGCAAUGGAGGCCAUGGAGGAGGAUGAAAAUCUAGCAGGAAGGAAGAGGAACAGGGCCAUGGAUACGGAUAUGAUCAACAGUCUCAUGGAGAGCGUGAUACGAGAAAUUGCUGCGGAUGGAGAGCUGGUCACUAAAGAAAAGGUGAUAUCCAGGGUGUCCAUGAUGGUUCCCUCUGUGGACCUGGGAAAGAUUAAACCCUGGACUUUUCCAGCUCUAAAAGACCUCCAGUACAUCACGAGAGAGAUCAACAUGUUCUUAGAGUGCACUGAGGCGGUGACAUCCAUCUGUACCCUGUAUGAGCUGGGCCAGUCAUUGGCCGGCCUGAAGGACAAGAAGCACUAUGAAGAGCUGAACCUCGGGCCACUGUGCAAACUUCCCCUCAUACACCGCAUGUUCAAGAUCGAUAGUAACACUAAGGAUGAUGAUAUCCACCAGAUCGAGACUGUGGAUAUCUUAAAGCAAAUCCGCAUUUUUAAGAGGAACCAGAACAAGCCAAAACUCGACCUGGCUGAGUUCCUAAAGUAUCUGGCUGAUCACUACAACUGUGACUCUCCUUAUGAGCUGGGUAUCAGGAUACACAGCUUUGGCCUCCCCAUAGGGACUCUUAAUAAGGUGACCUCAAACGAGCGGCUGAUCUUGGAGCAUGCCAGAGAGGCCAUCCAGACAGAGCUGGAGGAGGAGACCCUGGAGCGGCUGAGAAAGAUCAAGAAGAGCGUUUUAGAGCCGGUGCAAGGCGGCGGUUCCUUCUCCUCCAUGGGAAACUCAGAUCUCAGGAAGAAGUACGCCUCUAUGGCGUCGGCCGAAGUGGUGCUGGCUGUCUUUACAAACGCUGCAAAAGUGUUCAGCCCCAGGAUGGCUAAGCACGUCGAGAGCUUCCUGAUGAAGGUGUCGAGUGACUCGCUGGCGAGAGCUCUGUUUCAGCUGGCUGUGUGUGGAGGCUCCCUGACUGUUCCACAGGACCUGGUGCUCAAAGACAAGACUCCCAAACCAGCUGAACAGACUAAAACAGCAGACAACACCAGCACAUCCCUCCCCAGUGAAGCCGAAGUGAAGAAAUAUAUGAAAGACAACCUGGCUGCUCAGAACUCGGCCAUCACUUUGGCCCACAUUGCUGCUCUGGAGAGGAAGCUGACCAAACACUUCCACAUCAAAGAUUUCCUCUCUAUUCAACAAGGCACCUUCCUGGAGUUUCUGGGGAAAAACAUUCAGCUGCUGCAGGACAGCCUGGGCUCUGCUUUGUUUCUGGGAAGCAACAUGGGACUUUCAGGCAGCGGUUUCCGUCCCACCAGACAGGACGUGUUUGAAUUCAUCAAACAGUGCGGCAGCAUAUCAUCCACUGAUCCGGACGAACUCGCUCACAUUGAGUCAGCACUAAGGUGCCAUUACAGGGUACGGGACAGUCGGGACUUGGGCUACGGUACCCUGCACAUGUUGGUCGGCCUGGUCCAGCGGCAAAGAGAGCUUAGUGGAGGAGGCCUGAGCCCAGUCUACUAUGAGUCAGCGUUGCUGGCUAAGCAAAACAAAUCAAGUGCUGACAGUGGAUAUGAGUCUGUGGGGCGCUUGGGUGAGAUGUCCAAGGCUCAGGCCCUGGCCAGCUUGCUCUCCUGUCCUCUGCUGGAAGAUUUGAAUGAAUGGAGCCAAUGGGAGCUGAUCUUUAAACCCCUUCACGGCCCCCUCAAAGAUUUCAUAGAAAGAAAUGCAGAAAACACAGGUCUUGCAGCAUUGGAGGUAACACCAGGUGUGCUGCUUCGGAUUACAACAGACACAGGAGACAAACACUUCUCAUACGCCGUCUCGGCCCUCGAUCCUAUCGGCACAGCCGGCCACCUUGUGUCCAUGGCGGUGGCAGAUGGGAUCGACAACGCUCCCACGGCUCUGCUGGCCAAUCACAUGCAGAGCUCUCUGGCUGCAGCCGUGGCCGAAGAAGAUCUGUCCCUGGCUGAAGAGGAUGUGACAUGUUUCAGCAGAGUAGCCAAAUUCCUCCUGCAGUGUCUGACACGAAUCCCCACAAGAACCUGCCAGGCUCUUUUGCAGCAGGUGUUCUUGGAGCCAUUUUCUCGUGUCUUGGGCCAGGCCAAGUCCAAACAGGUCCUGAUCACCGUGGCUCAAUCCGACCCAAAGCACCUGAACUGCCUGCACCGCCUUGGCAUCCUCCUGGGUGUCACAGACUGGGUCAAAGACUACCAGAAGAAGCUGAUUCCGCCUCAAAAUCAAAGCUGCAACACACACACAGAUGCUGUGGGUCACAAUAGGUCUAAUUUGAUAGAUUCUGAAAGCAGCAGUCUGUCUGCUCUAAAUACGAGUGAAGACGAGUUCCUUGAGGAUGACAUCAUGGACAGCAGCUCAGUGUCCUCCCACCUCAACCACAGCCCACAAGUCAACGGUGACCUGGAUGUAGAGAUUGAGGAGGAAGAAGAUGAGGAGGAGCUGUAUGAGCUGACUUCCAUUUCUAAAGGAGAAACCUCAGAUGUCCAAAGCGAAGCUGAAGGAGGUCAAAGUGAGGAAACUUCUGGCUCUGAUGAAAAGGAUGCUGCCAGCUGCCAAUCAGAGGCCGAUUUCCAUUUCCAAAAGGCUGUAAUUGAAAACAUCAGGAAAAACGAGUUUGGUGUUGGAGUGGAACUGACGGCAGAGGGCCAGAAGCUGAUGCAGGUCCACCAGGAGAGACUGGGCCGCAGCUUGGACCGCCUUUCCACUGAACUCUACAGCAAAGACACACACUUUGUCCUGGAGCUCAUUCAGAACGCUGAUGACAACAGUUAUCCGUCAGAGUCUGGUCUCGUUCCUGCGCUGGCGUUUGUGGUGGAGAGAGACUGCAUUACUAUCCUCAACAAUGAGAACGGCUUCCGGGAGGAGAACAUCAAGGCCAUCUGUGAUGUGGGUCGCAGCACUAAGGGAAAACACAAAUAUGGAUACAUUGGACAAAAAGGCAUUGGCUUCAAGUCAGUGUUCAAGGUCACAGACUGUCCUGAGAUCCACUCCAACGGCUUCCACUUGCGCUUCGACAAGAACUGCGGCCCCAUGGGAUACAUCCUCCCCCACUGGGCUGAAGACGAGAGGCCUCUGGACACACAGCUCAAGGACAUAAAUCAGCACAGCUGGACCACCAAAAUCAGCCUCCCUCUGCGCUCUGAAAGCCACCAGACCAGGAACUUAUUUCAUGACGUGCACCCGUCCCUGCUGCUCUUUCUGCACCGCCUGCGCUCCAUCACCAUCUACAACCAGAGUGAGAAGCGCCUGGUUAGCAUGACUCGCAAAGACCUCAGUGACAGUGUGCUCGAGGUGGAGCACACAGAGGGCAUCGAACGCUGGCUGGUGGUCAAAACUACACUGCAGCCCAAGAAGAUCAAAGAAGAUGUCGAGUCGACCGAGCUUGCUCUGGCUUUCCAGCUCGGCAGUAACAUCGCAGAGGGUGACGUUGUGUGCCAGCCUCAGAAGCAGCCAGUGUUUGCAUACCUGCCCCUUCGCAGUUUUGGCUUUCGUUUCAUUAUUCAGGGUGACUUUGACAUCCCUUCCUCUCGGGAAGAUGUUGAUAGGGACAGCUCCUGGAACCAGUGGCUUCGAUCAGAAAUACCACAGCUCUUCCUUCAGGCCAUGGACGUCUUCACUGAUCACCCAGAGUUCAAGGGGCUCAAGGGUCUCUGUCAGUUCCUGCAGUUUAUCCCCCUUCCUGACGAAGUGUUGGACUUUUUCAAGCCUGUCGCUGGGCAGAUUAUUCAGCUGCUGAAAGGGAAGGCCUUCCUGCCGACACUAAGCUCAGAUGGAAAGGUCGCGUACAAGCUGCCAUCCCAAGUGGCUGUCUGUCAGGAUGCUGUGAUCCGCCAAGUGAUUAGCGGAGACGAGCUGGACAAGCAUCUGUCUCUCUCUUAUCUCCAUCCGAGUCUAACCCCUGCCCCACCUGCCUCCCUGCUCGCUCACCUGGGAGUCCGGUACCUGCGAGGAUCAGACGUUACCACAGUAACCACAGCCAUGGCAAAGGAGCUGGUGAGAAAAGGAGCCAUCCAUUCAGACGAAGGCCUUCGUCUGCUGGCCAGGCUCCUGGUUUGCAACUUCAGAGCUAUGGAGCAUGGCUACGGAGAGGCAGAUUCCAUCCUGCAAAACCUCAGAGACCUACCCAUAAUCCCUCUGGCUGAUGGGCGCGUUGUUUCACUAAGUGGAGAGGGAGUCUUCUUUCCAAUGGAAGAAACAAAGACAAAGAAAAAGAAGAAUGUAGCUCAGACAGGACCCCUGUCUGCAUUAUACAAGGAUGUAAGUGUGGUUCAUCCGUCUCUGCUGAGCUGCUUGGAGCCUCUGGAAAGUCAGCAGGUUCGAGAGCUGCUUAAAAGACUCGGGGUUCAUGAGCUGGAGCCACAGGAGCUGCUGGAGCAGCACAUCUACCCUACAAUGAAAACAAACAAAUGGAAGUCAAAGCCCGAGGCGGUGGUGGUGAGUUACUUGGUUUUCAUCAAGCAGCACGCGUCCUCCAGCCAGGAGUACGCAGACAUCGCAGUUCCCGUCCUCACCUGCAGGGGGCUGUGCUGCCCGGCGACUGAAAGGGUGCACUUCUCUGAGGAGUACAGCAACAUCAACCUGCCAAAGAAGCUGCCUGGCUGUGACUGGAUCUUGCUGAGUCCUUGUUAUGUGCAGACGGACGGCGAUGUGGCGGGAUGGAGGGAGCUGUUCAGCAGUCUGGGAGUCAGGGACGGCCUCAUCAUCCGCAAAGAGAGACGAACGAUCACCGCUGAAAAGCUGGCCUCCAGUCCCUGGUCAGCUGAGAGUGCGACGUGGCCCCAGAACCCAGGGCAGGACUAUGUCCUGGAUGACUACCCCUGUGAGGAGUUCCACGCCCUGGCCACAGCCCAGCUGCCCGGCUCUGUCCUCCUGCAGCAGCGGAUGGCUCUGCUGGAGCUACUGGAGACAAACUGGGACACUGGACAUCUCUACUCUCAGUACCUCACAGCACAGGUGAUCGACAGCGACGGGCGAACCAUCAAAAACACCAAAUCCUCCUUCUACCACUUCUUGUGUGUUUAUAAAUGGCUGCCAGCUUAUCGCCCACUGGAGGGAGAACAGCAGGAUAAAAAGUACCUCUGUCCAAGCUCGGUUUAUCUGACGUCACCUGAAGUCACCAGUCUGCUGGGGACUCACGUCUACUACGUGGAUAUACAGCCCAGCCAGUUCAGCAGAGCUUUAGGGAUGAGAGAAACCAUCUCAGUGGAAGUUCUGAUUCAGUACCUGAAGAAGUGGUGCGUCAGUCCAGAGGUGGAUGACCAGGAGCAGAGACCACCUGAAGACGAGGCAGAGGGAGCUCCUUUCACCUCCACAGUUGAGCACAUCCAUAACGUCUACACCUACCUGCAUACCAACUGUCCUCAGAGCAGCCUGAAGGACCUGUUCCAGCAUACUCCCGCUGUUUUUGUUGAGAAAAACAGACACAACGAGAAGUGGUGUUCAGGACGCUUCUACCACCUGAAAGAGGUGUGCUGGAGUGACACAACCACCAUGUUCCAGCGCUACAGACGGCUUACUCAUGGAGCAGACAGCCCCAUCCAGCAGCCCAAAGUCCUGGCUCCGUUCUACAGCCAGCUGGACGGGAUGAGGGACUUCUUUGUCAGGCUGCUGAAUGUGGAUCCAAGCCCCACGAUGAAGCAGUACGUGGGUUUGUUGGAGCUGAUCUGCUCUUCGUCUCCCAUCCCAACUGCUGAGGUCCUGCAGGAUGUGUCGGUGCUCUAUGCCAGACUUGCUCAAAAGUGUAAGCCUCAGGUGUCUGGAGACCAGGAAAACUUCCCUCAUCCCAAACUUAAUCGUGCUUACUGCUCCACUUUAAAAGGUAUGGUGUCUGAUAAGAGGGUCUUCCCUUCCAAGGAUAACUGCUGGGUGAGUCUGGCUCGUAAACCCAUGAUUGCUGACGACAAAGAGCUGGAGAAGAUCUUUAAGCCACACAAGCAGGUGUGUCUGCUCAACCUGCCACCAGCAGAGAAGAAGAACACCCCCAGAAACAAAACCAUUGCAGGAGAACAAGCUACAAUGCCUGCUUUCAACGAGAAGGACAGGUUUUUGUUUCUGGAGAUCUGCGGGAUACGUCACCUUUCCCGCUGCGUCAGAUCUGAGCCACUAACUGAGAACCUGAGACCCUGUCCGUCCAUGCAGGACAUGGUGCGCUCCGUCGUCCCGUACAUCCAGAGGUUCCUCUACCACCACGAUGAGCUGGCUGAAGUCUACUUAGAGCUGACUGACAGUAACAUAGCCGACAAGAUAAAGCAUCUUUCCUUUGGGCAGGUAGGUAAGCUUUACAUCCGCUACCAGCUGGAUGUCGCAGACAGUGAGGAUGGAGUGAUAGAGCUGCAGGACGUCAUCUGUCUGCUGAAGGAUGAGAAGGAGCUCUACAUCCAGAAAGAUCACCUUUCUGCCCAGCUGGACAUCUGCAGGGAGCUGGUGAAACUGUUCUGCACAGAGAGCAGCCACAGGAAAGAGCUGAUGCAUUUCCUGAGCGGCCUGAUAGCCUCCCUCACUCAGGAUCCCAAAACCCUGAAAAGAUUCUUGAGCAAAGAGGACAUCAGAGAGCUGCCCAGCGAGGAGGAACAGUGGGAGGUCCCAGAGCCGUUCAGACCGGAGUUUAAUCUGGACAGAGUCUUGUCAAGGAGUCACUCCUCCAUCAGCUCCCCAGAGGAGCCGGCUCAGGCUGCUCAAGCAGAUGGGGAGCAAACGCUGGCCUGCUGGCCUCCUCGAGCAUCUAUACACAAUACAGGAAGCAGCCGUGCAGGUCAAACAAGCAGCAAAGUGGUUGAGGAUGUCAUGAAGAUGUGGCCUCCUCCUGCUGCUCCUAAAGACCGAGACCCCGAGAAGGAGAUCUUUCCCAGAGGAAGCAGCCAGGAGGGAAACCAGCCACCAAGGAGCAGCAGCAGACCUGCAGACCUGCAGGGUCCUCAGAGAGUCCUCAACCAUCCAGGGCAGCCUCACACUGCUGCUGCUGCUGGCACAAACACACCAAGGCCUCCAGAGCUACAGAGUGAAACCACCGGAUCCAACAGAGCCGAGGGCGGAGAGGAGCGUCCCACACCUCCAAAACCAGAACCGAGUCCUCCACCUGCACAGCCUGCCCAGCCUGCCCAGACCUCUAGCGACCAGCCUCCAAACAGCCUAGCCACCCCUGAAGCCGUGGUGCUCUCCGGUACUUUCCAGGGAGCUACAGCCACCGCAGAGACUCAGCGUCCUCCUCUGAACCUGGACUUCCCUCUCUGGAAGUCUCCGCAAGCCACACUGGAGGACAUGGAGCUCACCUGCCAGAGACCCACCACCGUGGUGUUGACUGACGACUUGGAUGUGGCGGCAAUCGGCAUGUGGGGGGAGCAGCUGGUCAACUCCUUCCUUUGCCACUGGAGGGACAGCAGCGACCCUGCACGGCCCACGCACAUCCUGUGGUGCAAUCAGAAGGGAGAGAGUGGCCAGCCCUACGACUUCAGGCUCAGCUUCGGAGCAGCAGGAGCGACGGGGGUGGUGUUCGUGGAGGUGAAGUCGACCAUAAAGAAAGAGAAGUCGUUUAUCCACCUCUCCGCCAACGAGCUGGACUUUGCACUGAAGGAGAAGGAGCGCUACCACAUAUUCAGAGUGUACAGCGCAGGAGACGCUCAGAACGUCCGCCUGUGUCGCAUUCAGAACCUGGCGCAGCAUCUCCACACCAAAGACUUGGCACUCUAUCUGUUUGUGUAGCUUCCUUUUAAAUCGCUAGAUUGUGUUUUAACCCAAAUGGUUUUCUUAAGAUGUUUUUAUGCCUUAUGUUGUUAAUUUUAUUAUUUAAGGGAUGAACGAAAUGUUCUAACCCUUUUUUAUUUCCAAUGUUCACCUUUACUCAAACAUUCCUGUGAAAUAAAAAUGCACUUUUCAGUCAAGUGAAUGAGUUUUAUUAAUAAUCCUUUAACUGGUUGUGGUAUGUAUUCAGUAAUGAGUAAAGUUAAGGUCUGUAUCACCUGACACCUGACAUUGUUAUGGAUGAAAAUUGGGGUCCUGCAGAAAAGUUUGGGAACCACUGAUUUAUAGUAACUAUGUAUAUUUAUAAACCAAUGAACAUGUUUUACAAUCUUCAUACUAAAUGUACAAUUGCAUUUUCUUUACAUGUGUAUCACCAUUUAAACGAGAAAACGUAAUAAGAUUUAUUACCAAGAAGCAUUGUUACAGCAAAGACAUAAAAACACUAAUUUCCUUACUUUCUGUACUAAGAUGUCCACUCACACAGCGUCAUCGUGUCGGCUGUCUACGUGGGUGAAAAUAUUCGUCUUUGUACGUAUUAUAAAAAGAUGUAAAAAUAAAACACUGAUGACUGUGCAAAGUUAA